AUGUUGCCCUACAUACACGCUCCCUUUGUGUACCUGGCAGGCCUCGUUGGUGCCGGUCCCGAUGAACUCAAGCUCAUUUUCUCGAUCCUGCUUUCAUACCCACUAGCAGGUCUCUUGAAGCGAGUCCCUGAUACGACGCCGGCGUACAAGAACCUUUUCUCCGCAGCGGUCGGCAUCUUCUACCUAGUCGGGCUCUUUGACCUCUGGGCUGGCUUGCGUACAAUUCUCAUCGCCUCUGGUGGCGCAUAUGGCAUCGCCUAUUCUCUCCGUGGAAGCCCCUACAUGCCAUGGGUCGGCUUCGUCUUCCUCAUGGUCCACAUGAGCGUCAACCAGCUGGCUCGACAGUUUGCUAACGACCCGUCGAGUGUGGACAUCACGGGCGCGCAAAUGGUCCUGGUCAUGAAGCUGAGCGCAUUCUGCUGGAACGUUGCGGACGGCACGCUCCCUGAGGAUCAGAUGUCAGACUUCCAGAAAGACAGGGUCCUGAAGGAGCUUCCUAGCCUGCUGGACUAUGCCGGCUAUGUCUUCUUCUUCCCCUCGCUGCUAUGUGGGCCCGCAAUGGACUUUGCUGAGUACAGGCGGUGGCUUGACACCAGCAUGUUCGAGGUGCCCACGGCCGUGGACCCAGCCAAGAAGCCUCCGACGCGCAAGAAGCGCCGGAUUCCGCGCAGCGCCACACCUUCGAUGUGGAAGCUGGCAACGGGUCUUGUAUGGAUCAUAUGCUUCCUCAAUUUCUCGGGCUGGUAUAAUACAGACCUCCUCCUGGACGACAGCUACAUGGACUAUAGCCUACCCCGGCGGCUCUGGAUACUUCACAUGACCAACUUCACCGCACGUAUGAAGUACUACGGCGUCUGGUCCAUGACUGAGGGCGCCUGCAUCCUGGCGGGCCUGGGAUACAACGGCUUUGACCCCAUCACUGGCAAGAUCAGCUGGAACAGGCUGAGCAACAUUUACCCUUGGGGCGUGGAGAGCGCACAGAACACAAGGGCGUACCUCGAGAACUGGAAUAUCAAGACAAACCUGUGGCUACGGCACUACAUCUACUUGAGGGUCACGCCAAGGGGCAAGAAGCCUGGGUUCAGAGCGAGCUUGGCGACGUUCGGAACCAGCGCGAUUUGGCACGGCUUUUAUCCUGGAUAUUACCUCACGUUUGUGUUGGCUAGCUUCAUCCAGACAGUGGCGAAGAACUUCCGACGGUACUUCCGCCCCUUCUUCAUCGACCCGGCCACACAGCAACCCACAUCUCUGAAGCCAUACUACGAUUUCUUCUCCUACCUGGUGACACAGUCGGCCUUCUCCUUCGUGACGACACCUUUCCUCGUGCUGGGCUUCGCGGACAGCAUCAAGGUCUGGGCAAGAGUCUACUUCUACCCUAUCAUCGGCGUCGCGUUAAGCAUGGGCUUCUUCGCUUCCCCGGCCAAGCCAUUCCUCAAGAAGAAGAUCGAGGAGCGGAGCUCGGCUGCGGGCGUCCAGCUGAAGAGGUCAGCCUCCACGGAAUCCCUCACGGCUGGGGGUAGCCGGGAUCGUGAACCGCUGGUGGGGCCGGGAUUGUCUUCUGACAUCAACCGUGAUGUUGGCGAGAUCGUAGGUGAGGCUAGGAUACAGUGGGCUGAGAAGCAAAAGGAGUUGAGGGCGAGGAGUUUCAAGGUGAAGGACGGAAAGGCGAUGUAG